AUGGAUAGCAUAUCGAAGCGAUUGAAGUGUUCAAAUUGUAAUAUUGUAAUCUGUGAAGUAUUGGCCUUUGUGCAAAAUAAACUAGAUGUGAUGGAUGAACAAAGCCUGAUACAGAUUUGUGAAAGUUCAUUUAGUGCUGAAGAAAUUGAAUUAGCGAAGUCGUUAUUACUUGAAUCAGUGAGCAAGCGACCAAAAAUUAGAAAACGACAGGGCAAAACCCUAAGGAAUAUUGAGGAUAUCAUCUGCUUGCUUAAAGAAACAGACCCCGAACAGGUACCAAUUUUUGUAGCAAGACGAUUAGAAAAACUUCCACCCGUAACGUUCGAUCAUGUUGAUGUGACAGUGUUGCUUAAAAAGAUAGUACUAUUAGAGAAAACUAUACAUGGCAUUCAACAUCAGUACGUUACGAAAAACCAACUUCAUGAAGAAAUAAGUGAGUAUUUUAGAUUAAAUUCAUUUGCGAACCGGGAACAAAAUAUUAUAUACAAAAGAGGUGAUUGUGACAAUUUUAUGUACGAUAGCGGACCGAUGGCGCUCUCAACAUCUUGCAAUAAUGCGUCAUACAUUGCUGAGGCUAAUGAACCAGAAAAGUGUAAGUCUCUGUCUAAUAAAUCACACCAAGAAUCUAUGCAUUCCCGUCACUCAUCGCCAAUAAUUAUAUCAAGUGUGAAUGAGAAGUCGCAACCUCCAGCGAGUGUAUUACAAAGCUCACGAUGUGCGAAUGCGAUAGGAGAUGAGUGCAAAAUGAUUCAUAGUGCAACGCGACCGUUUAUACCUGUAGUGAAUGAAACAGCUGAUGGGCACGUUAGCAAGCCGUUCGACGCGUUAAUUGAUAAGGAUAAACAAAUAAAUGAUACAUUAAUAGCGAGGCGUACAUCAUCCACAGCGAAAAGAUUUGCUGUACGGUUGCGGUGCGGUCGCGAAACUGUCGUUCGAGAAGUCUGCUUACUCGGCUUUUCAUCAUGGGUGGAAUAUACAAUUAUAACUUACUAUUCUAUGUUGUCUGGUCAUGGCGACGACAAGCAUGGUGCUGCAUCAGGCUCCACAACCACUGUACCUACCUCCGGAAUAUCAACAACCGACACCACAUUUCUGCUCAUUCUCUUACUCGUGGCCGCUGCCACCGCCAGUGAUUUUUCAAGCUUCUCUUAUGGUGUUGCGGACCCUUACACCGGUGACUACAAGAGUCAGAUUGAAAGUCGGGCUGGAGACAAUGUGCAGGGCCAGUACUCACUUCUCGAACCCGACGGCACCCGCAGAACUGUUGACUACUCUGCCGGCGCUGAAGGCUUUAACGCUGCCGUCAGGAAGGACCCUGGUCUGAUCCCAGCCACUCCUAUCGUAUACGGCAUUCCUUAUGGUUACUCAAACUUGGGCUACUACCCAGGAUUUGGAUACGCUGCGCCUUACAAGCGUCUUCUCUGA